AAUCAUUUGGCCUUGCACUAGAACAGAAACCUAGUUAACGAAACUACAUCUAUUUAAAUAAAUCGUAGCUGAUCAGUUACUUCCGAAAAGUCAACGCAUGAGCAUUAUCUGAAAAUGGCAUCCGAAGCGACAGAGGACACAUUUGUGAAGCUAAAGAAAGAAGAUGUUGGUUAUUUGAAAACUUUCUAUUCAAAUGCUACAGUCUCUUGCGCAGCAGAAGCUUGGAAAAAGAAAUCCGUUUCUAUAGUCUCUCCAAAAUCAGGAAGAAUUGUACGACAAAAGAAAGAAAGCUCCGUGAAAGUGAAAACCGAGCAAAAUGGCAAAGAAGGUUUCUUCUCAAGAUUCCUCGAAGAUUUCAAAAAGGCCAAAGUGUCUGACUACGCGUACCAACAGUCUAAUGUCAGACGAAACAGUGCUUACAAACCUUUUUGGGCGACCAAAGUAGUGAAAUCUGUUGAUGAGGGAGAUAAAGUUGAGGAACCUGAGAUCAGCUCGAAAAAGGUUGAAUUCGUUGAGCAUGGUAAUGCAGUUACUAACAAAAGUAUGAUUUUUGCUAAAGAAGUGAUUGGAUCCCCUAAAGUGACGUUGACAAGUGCUAAGAUUAAUCAGGAACGUUCUCCAAUGAAGAGGCUCUCAACUGUAGAACAUCAUAAGGAAUAUAGAUUGAAGAUGCCUCCUUGUUACAAUGGUAGCAAAAUGUUUAUGCCUACUGGUGAACAACUGUUUUGGCUCGGCGAGACCCGUCCAUCCAACUUCGGUCCAGCCACAUACCAGGACUUCAAAGACAUCAGGUCUCGGUGCUACGCUGAAGGCAGGCUGUUCGAAGACCCGGAGUUCCCUGCAGUAGACCGCAGUCUUUACUACAAGGAGAGUCUCGAUAGACCUAUUACUUGGUUGAGGCCGGGGCAAAUAUGCGACGACCCGCAACUGUUCGUGGAAGGGUACAGUCGCUUCGACGUACAACAGGGCGAGUUGGGCGACUGUUGGCUGUUGGCCGCCGUCGCCAACCUCACUCUGCACAGAAAAUUGUUCUUCCAAGUAGUGCCAGAUGACCAGAGUUUCGAUGAAGAGUAUGCUGGUGUCUUCCAUUUCCGUUUCUGGCAGUACGGUCGCUGGGUGGACGUGGUAAUAGAUGACCGUCUCCCCACGUACCGCGGCAAGCUCGUGUUCCUGCACUCUUCCGAGACCAACGAGUUCUGGAGCGCACUGCUGGAGAAGGCUUAUGCUAAACUGCACGGAUCCUACGAGGCCCUAAAGGGCGGGUCAACAUGCGAGGCCAUGGAGGACUUCACGGGCGGCGUGACGGAGAUGUACGACAUCGCCGAGCUGCCGCCCAACUUCUACACCAUCCUGCUCAAGGCAUACGAGAGGAACUCGCUCUCGGGGUGCAGCAUCGAGCCGGACCCAAACAUCUUAGAAGCGGAGACCCCAGCUGGCUUGAUCCGUGGUCACGCGUACUCCAUCACCAAGGUGAAGUACGUGGACAUCGAGACCCCCGGCCGCAGCGGCAAGAUCCCGCUGCUCCGGCUCCGGAACCCCUGGGGGAAUGAAGCCGAGUGGAACGGGCCUUGGAGUGAUAAGUCUCCAGAAUGGCGGUUUAUCCCACAAUCCGAGAAGGAAGAGAUGGGUCUAACGUUUGACGACGACGGAGAAUUCUGGAUGUCCUUCAAGGACUUUGUCAACCACUUCUCAAGAGUGGAGAUCUGUAACUUGAACCCUGACUCCCUGGACCCUGAGGAGUGUCCUGAGGGCUGCACCAAGAAGUGGGAGAUGUCUGUCUUUGAAGGAGAGUGGGUCAGAGGAGUUACGGCGGGAGGUUGCAGGAACUACCUUGAAACUUUCUGGAAGAAUCCGCAGUACACGGUCACGCUGAAAGACGUCGAUGAAGGGGAUGAAGAGAAUAAGUGUACUAUAAUAGUAGCACUUAUGCAGAAAAACCGUCGCUCGCAACGUCACCAAGGCCUGGAAUGCCUGACCAUCGGCUUCGCAGUGUAUCGCUUGCCCGACUACGGCAGAGUGCCCAAGCCGUUAGACGUCAACUUCUUCAAGUACAACGCCUCGGUUGGUCGCAGUCAGGCCUUUAUUAACUUGAGAGAAGUUAGCGCCAGGUUCAAGCUAGACCCUGGCAGCUACGUGAUAGUGCCGUCCACGUUCGAUCCCGAUGAGGAGGGAGAGUUCCUACUGCGAGUCUUCUCCGAGAAGAGCAAUAAUAUGACAGAGAAUGACGAAGACAUCGGUAUGGGAGAUGUUGACGAUAGGGUAAAAGAAAUAGCCCCCAACCCUGAGCCAGCGGAUCCUGUUCGUGAUUUCUUCAACCGUUUAGCCGGGGACGACGGCGAGGUGGACUGGCAGGAACUCAAGGAGAUACUCGAUUACGCCAUGCGGGAGGAGCUCGCGAUGCGUCAGGGCGCCGCAUACGACGGCGGGGGGGGCGGCCACCCCGCCCCGCCCGGGGGGGGCGCCGAGCCCAGCUGCCUCGAGCAGCUGCUCUGUGCACUGUGUACUCCUAUCUGCAAGGAGAUUGGGGUGGACUUGCAGCAAGUGCAGCAGCAGAACCAUGAGCAAGUGCAUCUGACUCAGCCACAGCCGCAGACAGAGCUAAAAGGCCAAGGAUUUUCAAAAGAGGUGUGUCGAAGCAUGGUCGCCAUGUUGGACAAAGAUGGCUCGGGUGGACUCGGCUUUGAAGAGUUCAAGACUCUGUGGAUUGAUCUACGUAAUUGGCGGGCGGUAUUCCGUCUAUACGACACGGAGGGUCGCGGCGCCAUCCCGCCGCAGCACCUGCGCGACGCGCUGCACUCCGCCGGAUACACCGUCAACGCGCACGUGCUCAACGUGCUCGCUCACAGAUAUGGUUCCUCAGACGGCUACAUUCAAUUUGAUGAUUUCAUUAUGUGUUCAGUGCGACUCAAGACUAUGAUCGCAAACAACGAGCCUCUAGAGAACUUGGAGCGCGAGCUGCAGUGGAACAAGUGAACGCGCGACCGCCGCGAUCCGCAACAUACGUUCAAAGGGAGAUCGUCGGGCGGUGAAUACGCUACUUUCUCUCUGGAAGAAUGGCUAAAUCGCACAGUCUACGCAUAAACGUCUAGCCUAAAUAUGCCUUAUUGUCAAGUAGCUAAGGCCUAUAUACGCAAAAUGUACAUUGAUAUUACCCACUAAAUGUUGCCGUCAUUUUAUAAGAAUUGUUACACUUUCCUCCAUAAAAAAAUAAUGUUUCUAAAAUUAUUGUGGAGUACAAUUUUUUGCAAUUAAGUGUAUGUGAGAUUCAUACGUCUAAUGCCCGUUUUCACCAACGAACACCUAAAUUUAGGGAGCAUUUACGGAACACUUAAUAAGAAUUUCAUUUUCACCAAAGCCUAGGUGUCAAUUUUAACCUAAAAAUUUCACUUCAACUUGGGGGCCCGAUUGAUGCCUGCUUAAACAACCCCUAUCAUUAUCAUUACAGAAUACAAACAUAUUUUGAACCGUUUCUGACGAUGGAUAGUGAAAUGUACCUUUAUAUGUUAUGUAACACCAAAAAUACCAUGUCUAAAAAGCAAAAAAAAAAAAUUAAACGUGAACUUUUAGAAAGUUUAGAAGCUGUGGAGGUUGUGGAUAUGUAAAAUAAUAAUCAUUAGAAGACCACGUUCCUAUCUUACGUGAAAGAGCAGAUGUCUGAGAAAUAAGUACGAUGAUCAUGACUUUUUUAAAAGAUUAUAGGUUAUCACUUGCUAUGAAUGCACUUGCUAGGUCGUCAUGUCGCUGAAUUAUUCAAAAAUAGGAAGUCCUGCAUGUCCAUAAAUAUACAGACCAUAACAGAUGCAAAUCUGGUAAUCACUGAUGUAGUUUCGCGGUGGGCGGGACAACUAUAGGCCUAUUCAGACCUAAGCGGUAUUCGCUACCGUCUACGGCAGAGAAAACCCUGUGGGUAUGCGGUAAUAUGACUGUUCAGACCUAAGCGGUAUUCGCUACCACCUGCGACAGAGAAAACCCAGUGGGUAUGCGAUAAUAUUACUGUUGAUGUUCGGGAUGCAUGCGCCGCUGCUGCCGCGCGGUAUGUACUUCUACCCACAGCGGCAGUGGAUAUCGCUCAGGUCGCUCUAGCCGCGGUAUAGUUAUCGGCACGGAUAUUGAGCCCUGACCUUCACCUGCGCAGAAGCCAUUUAUUGGUUUAUUGCCUUGUGUACAGUGCGCAAAGCGAUCCCCAGUCUUCCGCCGAGAGCUCAAUAUCCGUGCCGGUAACUAUACCUACUUGAUACUAAAUACCUGAGCGAAACCGGCGCGGUAUCUACCUCUACCCACAGCGGCAGCGAAUAUCGCUCAGGUUUGAAUAGGCCUUAAAUACCAAAA